AUGACACUCACGCCCGCAGAAGUAGACGCCAUAAUUGCCAUGGCCUGUGCAUUGCCUCCUCAAUGCCCUCCCCAAAAAACGCAACAAAUAAUAGACGACGAACGCGCAAUUGCUCGCCUCGAGAACUUCAUCGCCAACAAAGCACCAGGGCUGAUCCGCAGGCACAACGAGGUCGCCAAAGAGUGGCGGGUUAUGAAGGAAGGCCUCAAGCGUGUCAAUGAAUUGAAGAAACGGGUCAGCGACGUCGAAGGCCAGCGAGACACUGCCCUUGCUGCCCUUGCAACGAAAGAAACGGAACUGCAAAAGCACAUGAACGAAUUGACUUCUCUGCGAGCUUCGCACUCGCAAUAG